UCUGUUUCCAAAAUAAACACAGAAAUACCGAAAAAAGAAAAAGAAAAAGAAAAAGGAAAGAAAAGAAAACCUCCAUGGCUGAUUACCAGCAGCAGCAGCAACACCAGCAACGCGCCACUGAUGCCUUCAAAGGCAUGUUACCUGAAAAGGGUCAGGGUCCCUCUGCUUCAAAGGUUAUAGCAGUUGUCACUCUCUUACCCCUCGGUGGCUUCCUUCUCCUCCUCGCCGGCCUGACAUUUGCCGGAACGCUCAUCGGCCUAGCGCUGUCGACGCCGCUGUUCGUGAUCUGCAGCCCCAUCUUGGUUCCUGCAGCAAUAGUCAUCGGCUUGGCUAUCACUGGGUUUUUGGCAUCAGGAGCUUUCGGUAUAACCGGGAUUUCGUCGCUCUCGUGGAUACUCAAAAAUCUGCGUGGAACAAAGCUGCCGGAGCCAAUGGAGCAUGUGAAGCGGCGCGCGCAGGAAACGGCGGGUCAUCUGGGGCAGAAGGCUAGGGAGACGGGUCAGACAGUCACGAGCAAGGCUCAGGAAGCUGGAAAGACUGUUGAAGGUGGGAGGGGUGAGGAAAAGAAAACAUGAAAUAUUGAAGUUUAAUAUUUGACGGCCUGCCUUUUUGGCUGUUUGUGAAGUGAACUGUUGUUCUAUCUCUUUUGCUAAAUGUCUGCUUCGUUUACGUACCUUUGUAGAUCGAGUCUGUAGUGGUGACCGGUGAGAGUACUUGUGGGUUCAAUAUGUCGAUCUGUGUGUAAUAAAUUAAAUUAAAAUGGUGUUGGAGAAUUGAAA